GAUGGUUUCCCGUCUCUAUUCACAAUCAUCUGUUGAAGACGACAACAAAUGUAAACAACUCGUGCAAAAUGAAAUCACAAAACAUGGAAGCACAUCAAGCAAAAAUUGCGCAAAUUGAAGAUUUUAUAAAUUAUGUGCUGAAGGAGGAGCUGCGCCAGAUGGAGCUAUGGCUCGGCCACUAUAACGAGGAGAUAAUGGAGUACGUGCAGCUAAAAAAUACGCUGCAAGCAUUUGAUGAACACAUGCCGGGUGGCUACAAGACACAACUGAACAUAGGCAGCAACAUAUUUAUGCAGGCGCGUGUUAAACAAAUGGACAAGAUACUGGUUAACGUGGGCAAGGAGCUAUACAUGGAAAUGAGCAUGAUGGAGGCAAUACGCUUUAGCGAAGUACGCAUUAAGAUACUGAACAAGCAGGCGGAUGUUGUGCGUGAGGAGAGCGUAAAGAAGCGUGCCGAGAUCAAAAUGGCGCUGAUAGCAAUAAGCGAAAGGGAAAAGCUGCUGCAGCAGCAAAUAGCUGGGAAUUGAGUUGAGGACAAGGCUCUGGG